UCAUUUUAAUUUUAAAACAUCAAACUUGACCGGUCUGAACCCUUUUUGUGGUUGCCCAUCAGGCGUAACUUUCCUCUUCUCGCUAGAGCAGCUUUAAAUAGAAUUUAAAGCACAGGCACGCACUUGCUCAGGAAUGAUUCUCCGUUGUCGUGUUCAUCACUAGUCUUCGCUAUCAUGCCUACGUUGCUGCAGAACAUUUUUCUUCUUUGCUUGUGUGUAUGCAGCUGGCGCAUUGGUCACACGGCCAAACGUGGCAACAUACAAUCUAGUGAGGUGGAGUUAGCUUAUUCCUUGUCUGACGGUCUCCUGCGAUAUGCCAAGGCCCACCGAGGCAGGGCUCUUCCAGACCGAAUAGAUCUUGUCUUUGUCCUUGAUGACUCACAUGCGAUCGGCCAGCGGAACUUUCAGUCUGCGCUCGAGCUGACCAAGCGCAUUGUUCAAGAGUUCAGUGUUUCGCCAUCUACGACAAGGGUCGCACUUGCGCUGUGUGGCGCUCUACCCAGGCUGCACUUCGGCCUUGAUGAUCACGUGAAUAGAGAAGGCACUCUCGAAAGCCUAUGUCGUGCCAGGUUUCGUGGUGGUCCUCGUUGUUAUCUGGGUUCUACACUUGAUAUGGUCCAAGAGUCUCUUGCGAGUUCCAGUACAUCAUUUGACACCAAGAGGCUUGUCGUUCUUGUGACAAAAAGCGCGCCGUAUGACAGCUUUCGAGCUAUCCAUAGUGCUAAAAGACUCAAGCUUGGCGGAAUCAAGCUCUUCCGAGUAGGUGUUGACGCCGACUUACGGGGCGCUGGAUUCGACCGCGUCGCAAGCUGGCCGUUAGCAAAGCAUUCGUUUAGGAUACCAUCUGAACGCUUGGGAUCUGUGGCCGCUUUGCUAGAGUCAAGAGGAUAUCGUGUGAAAUGUUCUGGAAAUAAAACCGUCUAUGAUGAGUGCAUGCGCAGGUGCCAGUGCUCCGCUGGACAAUUGGUAAAGUGUACCCGAAUCCGAAAAGAUUUCCCGUCAAUGUCCCUUGAAGAACGUAGACGAUUUAUCUCAGCACUUAUAAGAGUCUCCACCGAUCAAGCCUUUAUCAAAACCUACGAUAAGCUCACUCACUUGCACCCCAAGUUUUUUGAUAUGGUUCACAACAAAAAGAACUUUUUCCCUUGGCAUCGCUGGUUCAUCCUGAACUUCGAGAAUUUUAUUAGAAAAAUAGAUUGUCGAGUUACCGUUCCGUACUGGGACUGGAGCCAAGCGGUCAGUGGCAACCGUAUAUUCCGUCGUUCUCACAUCCGGGAUGUUUGGUAUCCGGGAAAUCACGGUCUUGGAAGCAAUGGAGUCGGAAAAUUCAAAUAUGUGAUUGACGGCCCCUUCAGAAAAGGAAAAUGGCCUAUUCCAAAACGUGCCAUUAAAGAGGCUGGAAUAUGGUUGUCAAGAGACUUCAAUCCUUGCAAUUCGAUGUAUCUCCCCAAAGCUAGUCAUGUUUAUGGAAAAAUGCUGCAUUAUCCUUUCAAGAAUUUCUUCAAGUUUGAAGAUGAAGUGAGAGCUAUCCACGACGAAUUCCAUAACGCGGUGGGCGGGACCAUGAUGUUGGCAUGCUCCUCCAAUGCACCCGAGUUCUGGUUCCACCAUGGCUUCCUGGAUAAACUAUGGAGUGACUGGCAGAACCGUGGAGCAAAGUUUAAAUUCCAGUAUUACCAUACCAUCAAGACAAAAAUGCCAGGAGCUAAUGUGCGUGGGGUGUUGCUUGUUGACCUGUUGAGGCAACCAGGUCGUGUCAGGGUGGCCCUAGAACAACCAAAACACGACAAGGAGAUUUUCAAACCUGAAGAGUUUGACAAGAAAAUAACAGAUCCGACAAUCAUUAAAAAUUGUGAAGGUAACUACGAUGACCACUCCGAACAGGGAAGCUACAACGAUGACAUAAUGGGCAAAAUGGAAUAUAAGCGGAAAGAGAAGAAUGAUGAUGAUGAUGGUGGUGAUGUUGAUAAUGAUGAUAAUUAUGAUUAUGAUGGUGAUGGUGAUGAUGAAGAUAAUGAUGAUUAUGGCUAUGAAGCAGAGCAUUUAUCAUCUUAAAUGUAUAAAGAUCAAAACUGGAAAAGGAUAAAAAAGUAAAAAAUAACACUGUUAGAAAACUUAUGUGAAUCUUCAAACGUAAAUAUUUUUAUUAAAAUCAAUAAUAAUGGCCAUAAAUCAUAGUGCUCAGUUUAUUAUUGUAAAUGUAUAAAGAUCGAAACUGGAAAAGGAAAAAAGGGAAGUGAUCUAAAAAUAUGUAAUAUUUCAAACGUAAAUAGUUUUAUCACAAUCAAUAAAGACAAUAAGUAAUAAGCAA